AUGUCCCUCUUCGCCCGCGACGGCAGUGCAGCGUUUGGCGUUGGCACCAGCCCUGUCUUGAGUCCCGCUAGGUGGUCUCACAAUGGCCCGCGCCACGGAUUAGCGGACGGGUUUGAUAGGAGCGAUGGCGCAUGGCUGCGUUCCAGGAGUAGAGGUCUGGAGAAAGGAUCGCUGCGUUCAGGCACGACGCAGCCUUGGAGCAGUCGACCAGAUGUGUUCCGCAGGCCUUCCGACUCGCUCCACGGGACUACGCCGGAUAUCAGAGCGCUGAGAUCACGCAUCAUGGAUUCGCCUGGGCACCUGGGGACGAUAGACGUGCCCCCCUACCUGAGGAGCGUCGAUAACAGAAAGUUGUCGCAUACUCCAAAGCGCGCCACGUUCGCAAGGACGGCGUUGUCGCCCAGACGCAGCGGCGACCUCCUGGGUGAUGACGGAGGGUUCAGCUUCAGGUCACCUUUAUUGUCCGGUAAAAGCCGUCUCAAGAGGCGCAGUAGGACAUCGCUCUCGGACCUUAGGAUUGGAUCUUACGCUCCCUACGUGCCGGAUGCGCGUAGCGUCAACCCGCCUUACCGCCCAGAACGCCAUACGGAUGCACUCGAAACAUACCGGAUAACUCCAAACAGGGAACGCAUAAACAUACAUGCCACCGACGACAUACUUAAUCGCAUCAAACGCAGCCUCUCCGAGUGCGAAAGCAUAUCCAAACGGCUGGACAAGCAAUACGGGACGAAACGUGCACAGCAACCUAAUACGGAUUACAGCGAACGCGUGUUCCCGAGGGCGUUAGCGGACAAUUUGUUUACCAGUAGAGGCAGCGACGCCCCAAAUUACCGCAACAGAGUGCACCUCGGCAAGUCGACCUUCACGUCGUCAGUUGAUGACGCCUACAGGAAGCGCGAACUUUCAGAACCGGAAAAACCAAAGAGCGCUCUUACCCGAAUAAUUGACAAUAUCAAACGCAUACGAAACCGGGCAUUGUUCAGCGACUCCGAUGACUCUGGUGGGAAGCGCAAUUUCGUAGAGGUGGAAAAGGAGGCAAUUGAGUCCCCCAUGCUCAGUAGAAGGCAAAGAGCUCUGGAUGUAGACGCCAUACAGCGCAGGAUCAAGCAGCAAAAGCGCAAUCUCCUGUCACAGCGCCCCUCUGCACGCUUCGAGUAA